UUUUUUUUUUUUUUAAAAAAAAAACCUCUUCUUCUGCAGCCUUUGCAAAAAAAAAAAAAAAAAUCCAAACUUUUGCAGAAAACUUUUCUUGACAGACCUGGAAGAGGAGGGGGAAGCAAAGAGACCCAAUCAAAACACAAAAAUGUGCUUUCAACCAACCUCUGCAGCCGCCUAGCGCUACCUGCUCUGCAGUAUUUCGUUAUUAUUUGCUGCGCUCCUGCCAGGAGCCCCUUCCCCAAAAUAACUUUGCUCCCCACUUGCCCUCCUCGCCAAGCUUUGGAAAACUGUUGGGGGGCCGGCGGGGGAGGGAGGGUUUGGGUACCAGUCACCCCCAGUUUUUUGCUGGCUUAUGAUUCCCUCCCCCCACCAACCUGUUGCAGCAGCUCUCAGCCUUGCAACCAGGCUGUGCAAUCUGCUUAUUUUGAAGGCAAAAAAAUAAUUAUUCCUGGGACUUUUUCGGUGCUUUGUUGUUGUUUUUUUUGGAGUUUAGAGGGGGAUUUUUCCCCACCCCUCCCUUAAAAAACCAACUUCGCCUCCUCGCUCCUGCCCGCGCCUGGAAGAUGCUCCUGACCCUCUGCCUGCUGCUGGGCAUAUGCCUGGGCUGCUCCCAGGGCUUGGGCUCCUUCGUGCACUGCGAGCCGUGCGACGAGAAAGCCCUGUCCAUGUGCCCGCCCAGCCCGGCGGGCUGCGAGCUGGUGAAGGAGCCGGGCUGCGGCUGCUGCAUGACCUGCGCCCUGGCCGAGGGACAGUCCUGCGGCGUGUACACCGAGCGCUGCGCCCAGGGGCUGCGCUGCCUGCCCCGCCAGGGCGAGGAGAAGCCCCUGCACGCGCUGCUGCACGGCCGGGGGCUCUGCCGCAACGAGAAGAGCUACCGGGAGCAAGUCAAGCUGGAGCGGGAAUCCCGUGAGCAUGAGGAGCCGACCACCUCGGAGAUGGCGGAGGAGACCUUCUCGCCCAAGGUGUACCGCAAGCACGUGCGCCUCUCCGAGCUCAAGGCCGAGGCCCUGAAGAAGGAUCGCAGGAAGAAGCUGACCUUGUCCAAGUUUGUCGGCGGGGCGGAGAACACGGCGCAUCCCCGGGUUGCCGUCCCUGAGCUGAGGCAAGAGUUCGAGCUGGGCCCUUGCCGCAGGCAGAUGGAGGCCUCGCUGCAGGAAAUCAAAACCAGUGAACGAAUGAUCCCACGAGCCGUUCACCUUCCCAACUGCGACCGGAAGGGAUUCUACAAGAGGAAACAGUGCAAGCCGUCCCGGGGGCGGAAGCGCGGGCUGUGCUGGUGCGUGGACAAGUAUGGACUGAAACUGCCGGGGACCAAUUACAUGGCGGGCGACCUGCAGUGUCACAGCUUCGACAGCGGCGUCACCGAGUGAAGGGCCUGCGCCAUCCCCCCCGCCCCCUGCCCCCACGCCUCCCCACGCCCCGGGACUCCGAACCCUUUCAUCUCAUUUCGAAAAACGAAAGAAAUUGAGGACCUCGGAAUCUGCAGCCCGUCCUUGCCAGCUCGGCGGCGGCGGCGGCUAACGGAGAAGAGGAAAGCAGAAGUCAAACUGGCACCACCUUCCCAGUACAGACCCCCAAAACUGCUCUCGACUCCCCAUGCAGGGACGCAGCCAGCGCCAACGUAGGCAUCGACUUGGGGGCUUUUCUAUUGUAGGUUUGGUUUGGUUUGUUGAUAUGGGGGAGGGUGUCUUUUUUCGUUUGUUUUGGUUUUUAGACUAGCCAGCAACUUUCUAAACGGUCUCCAGCGAAACCAGACAAAGCCCCACGUUGAGGCACACGUCCACCGCUCAGCCCUUGCGUUUGAUUGGCUUGUUUGGCACUGCCAGAGCGAAUGUUGACCCUCCACUGGCACUAAAAGUCCUUUGAUUGAUAUCUCUAUAGAGAGAGAUGCACAGCUUUCUGGGCAGUCGGGGUCUAGAACGUUGUUGGAAACGGGUUUGCAUUUCUUUAGUCGGGAUAACCGCUCCUGCCGGUAAAAAAUACUGGUGGCUCCUUUAAAAAAAAAAAAAAACAGCCCGAAGAUAACCA